GCAGCCCACGCAUCUCUACUAUGGUGAAUUAUGGUGAAAUAUGAGAAACACGGGAAGAGCCGGCAGCUCAAAAACAGUUAGACGUGAUGAGAUGACACAGCCGCUGGACUGAUUAGUCAAAUAGGGGAAGAAGGGCACAUAUGAAGAAAUAGACGAACGACCUCAAGACACCUUUUGAGAAGAGAAAAACUGGAUUUAACAAAACAUUAAUAGGCUACAUGCGUCUGCACAACAACAAGACAAUCGCGCGCCAGAGCUUCGGAUGAUAUAUGAGUGACAGGAAGGAGCUGCUUGGACCGAGGGGAGUGACUCAGGACCGGGCACUCUGCUUAAGAUUUACCAGCAGAGGACAGAGACUGUAAACAAGCCCAAUACGUGCCUGUGAAAAGUAGCAGCAGGCAAAUCUGCCUGACUGUACAAGUGUGUGGAGACUUUACCUACUUGUGGCCCAGCGUGGCCCCGCCCGGUCUGAAAGCUGCAGGUCCCAUCUUCUUCCAUCAUGACGGUCGCUACCAGCGACCCUGCGGAUGAAGCAGCAGCACAUCCAGGUCAGUCUCAUGACCAUUACGACUCGGAUCCGGAUCAUGAAUGCUGCGAGAGGGUUGUCAUUAACAUCUCAGGCUUGCGCUUUGAGACACAGCUGAAGACACUUUCCCAGUUUCCAGAGACACUGCUAGGUGAUCCUAAAAAAAGGAUGAGGUAUUUUGAUCCGCUCCGGAAUGAAUACUUCUUUGAUCGGAAUCGACCAAGUUUUGACGCUAUUCUGUAUUAUUACCAGUCUGGAGGGAGACUGCGCCGGCCUGUUAACGUGACUCUUGACAUUUUUUCUGAGGAGAUCCGGUUUUAUGAAUUGGGUGAAGAGGCUAUGGAAAUCUUCAGGGAGGAUGAAGGUUUUAUAAGGGAGGAGGAGCGGCCUCUGCCAGAAAACGAGUUCCAGAGACAAGUGUGGCUUCUGUUUGAAUAUCCAGAGAGCUCAGGACCAGCUCGCAUCAUUGCCAUAAUCUCUGUCAUGGUGAUUCUUAUCUCUAUUGUCAGUUUCUGUCUGGAGACACUGCCACUUAAUCGAAACGAAGAUGAGAUGUAUAACUCACUCCAGUCCACAUACAACACCACCACUCCAUCUGCAAGCUUUUAUUUUACAGAUCCUUUCUUCAUUGUUGAGACGCUUUGCAUCAUCUGGUUCUCUUUUGAGUUCCUAGUUAGGUUCUUCGCCUGUCCCAGCAAAACUGGAUUUUUUGGCAACAUCAUGAACAUCAUUGAUAUUGUGGCAAUCAUCCCGUACUUCAUCACCCUCGGCACAGAACUAGCAGAGCGGCCAGAGGAUGGCCAGGCAGGCCAGCAAGCCAUGUCGUUGGCUAUUCUCCGUGUCAUCCGUCUAGUUAGGGUAUUUCGUAUCUUCAAACUCUCACGUCAUUCCAAGGGACUCCAGAUCUUAGGGCAGACACUGAAGGCCAGCAUGCGUGAGCUGGGCCUCCUCAUCUUCUUCCUGUUCAUUGGUGUCAUCCUCUUCUCUAGUGCGGUCUACUUUGCAGAAGCAGACGAGCCAGUUUCUCAGUUCAGCAGCAUCCCCGAGGCCUUUUGGUGGGCAGUGGUUUCCAUGACAACCGUAGGCUACGGAGACAUGGUCCCAACAACUAUUGGGGGGAAGAUUGUGGGGUCUCUCUGUGCAAUUGCCGGUGUGCUGACUAUUGCACUGCCUGUACCGGUCAUUGUAUCAAACUUCAACUACUUCUACCACAGAGAGACAGAAGGUGAGGAGCAGGCACAGUAUCUGAAUAUGCCAAGUGUGCCUAAAGCCAGCUCAGCUGACGAGCUGAAGAAGAGCGGUCGGAGCGGCAGUGGAUCCACUCUCAGUAAGUCUGACUAUGUGGAAAUCCAAGAGGCAGUGAACCACAGUAUGGAGGACUUCAGAUCAGAGGCCAGGAAAACAGGAAACUGCACCCUGGCCAACACUAACUAUGUAAACAUCACCAAGAUGCGUACAGAUGUAUAAUGCGAGCUCGGAUGAUUUACUUCUGCUGGGAUCUACAAUAACUGUAGUGGGAAGCUAAAGGUCCGCAUACUGAUAAAUGUAUGGGGCCCAGUAUAGGAGUACAGAGCAGAUCAGUGAGAUUAACGUGGAGAAAGGGUCAGUAGAGAAGACCACAUCCUCUCCCACAUCAUGUUCAUACUAUAGAACUGUCAGCUGUCGUAUUCACGACAUUGUUAGUGUUUGCAUGGAGUUAGUCUUACCUGUGAAAGUAGUUAUCCUGCCUCCAACAGUAGCAAAAUUGUAGCCUAACCAUAAUAAUCAAUAAUAACAAUAUAAAAGGACCACUAAUUUUUUUUAUCUUCUUUCUCUAAUUGCUGCACAAAGGAUGCAUGAUAACAAUAUUCCAACAAUAUUACAGACGUGUCAUAACUUAUAAAACAGGCCACUCGAUCAGCAUUCAUGGGCAGCUUUAAUCUGCUGCUCUAACUGCCAAGGUCCAGAUACACAGAAAGAUCAUUUCAACCAGAUCACAGCUGUUCUCUCGAGGGAACACCGAAUUAAGAAAGAAAGAACGAGAGUGCAGCACCAAUAUGCUGGUGGCCAUGUGCACUAGUAUUCAUUCCCUUGCUACAUCUUGUCUAGUACAAGCUAGCAGAGACAGGUAGACACCAACAGCCUAAAUGAGUGCUUUGCUGUAAUUCUGUACACCACAUUCUUUUCCUGCCAUUUCUUCUUGAUGAAGUUCAAAAUGAUUUACAAUGUCUAUGCAGGGUGCGUGACUCUCUCCACUCGAAGCCUUUUCUUGCCUCUAAUUAGUGCAGAUUAGCAGGUGAACAGCAGAACACUGAACAGAGUGAAUGUCUUAACGUAUUCUACUAAUGAGUGUUUUUAAUAUAAUUAAUUUAUGAUCAACGUGGUCUUAUUACAUAUAUUUUCAUGGCCUUAAUGUUGAAUGAAAUACUCUUUUAGUGUUCUGGGUGAGUUUCCAGCCUCUUUGCUGUAACCUUAGACACGCAGUUAAACGUGUUCAGCUUGACAUCACUGCCCAAAAUAAACGUUGCUGUUCUUGACUUCAAAGCAUUCCAUGUGUGUAGGAAUAGAUACAAUGAUUUUGUGGGCAAAUUGCUGACAUUCUGUUGCAUAUAUCAACACAGCUUAGGUCUCAUGAUCAACUGAAAUGUAUAUAUGUCAUUUUUAAGCUUCAGCUUUAGUGCCAGCAUUUGAGUUUACUGCAAGUCUGCUUACGACGUCUUAAGCAGUUAGCUGUUAAAACAGAGUAAUCUGACCUAAUCAAGCUGCUUCACAGCGUUAUCCUUUAAUGGCCUCCAUCUAAGGCAGACAUGAAAAGGGAACAUUUGUUUUCCUCUGAAAGUUGUUAUGUGCAACCACCUGCUAAAUUGGAUCUUGGUUUGUAAAAGACAUCAAUUUUCUUUUGUUAAUUUUGUAUGCAUUGUUUUCCGUUUCUGCACCCAUUUCAGAAAUCAUUCCCCUGGCCCAACAUAUUUAACUAACCAAAACUUUUGCAGUUCUGAUUUUGCAAAGCUGCAUGUCCUCAAAAGUAAUCAUUGGUGCAUGCAUUAAUAUAAGUAAUAUUUGACAAUAAAGAAAGGAAAACGUACUUAAUUACAUACAUGGAAAGUUCUAAGUUAGAGAGGGUAGUGUGUUCAUGUGGCAGCUUAUUAGCUACCUCCAGCAUAGGAGAUGAAAGAUAUCACACUAUGAUCCGCCCUGUGGAUGCUAACAACAUCCCAAACUCUUCACUUUUCUAUUUGUUAUAGUCUGUUGCAGUCAUGACCUAGUAUCUAUGUAUCGUGAAAGCGCACCGUCUGCUGCCAGCUCAGUGGAUGCACUGAGUUUCAUAGCUGAUCAGUCAGAGUUUUUGCUCACCCAAGUGUAUUUGUAAUGCUCCAAGGAUCUGUCUGAGUGCUGCCAUCUCUAACAUAUAGGUCCAUCAACCUCGGUGUGUAAUAUUUUGUGGGUGAGAGAGCUUAUGAGAGAGAAAUAGACUCAGACACAAAGAGACUGUGAGAGAAACGUAGAGCUUUCAGAGACACACAAGCUGACGUCACUGCUCUCAAAUGCUGCUCCCCUUGUUUCCAGGCUAGAAUGACAAUGGUGCUCAGCGUUAGCACAGUGUUUACAGCCUAUGUACUGCAUAUAUUAAACACAUGCACAUAGUAUAUUAAACAAAGCAAACUGAAAGGAAACACUCCGUUGUGAUGAUGUCCACAAGUGCGUGUGGACCUGUGAGAUAAGCUACAGUGUCUGCAAAGGCAAGUUACUGAAGACUUAAAAUAUAAGGAAGUAGAGCAAAGUCUGUGAAGGGAAGUAUGAUCAUUCAAGUGAGACAACACUGCCGCAAUUUUCUCCCUUGCAUUUUUCUUAUGUGUAUUUGCAUUACUAUGAGCUGCUCCUGUGUACAGGAACACCUACGUAUAUAUGUCACUUCAGGCUUAGGCUGGACGCUGUCUUUGCUGCUCUUCUUAGCAAGCAUACAACACCUGAAAUGACAACAAACUCUCAGAGGAACCAACAGCGUGGCACAUCAGGAUCUAAGUCAUGGAUAACACGGCUUUGCUGUACUGCACAACACGAGUGGACUUGUACACGGACACACAUUCAUACAAACACUGGGCAUUUUAAAACAUACAGACAGUGUACACAGAUGCUUACCCGAGAGAUGUAAUCUUAUGGACAGACGCAUUUCUGUGACAGACUUCGCUGCCACAACGGACCUAAACCUGCCGAUUGUGGGGUUUGCACAACUGUAGCCAUGUAAAUGUAUCUAAGAGUUAGAGCUGCUUUGAUUAUGUCGUCAAGUACCUAAUGCUUUAGAACCAGACUCUGCCAUGUGUAGGUUCCUGCGUAAUAGAAAAUCCAUGAAACUGAUUUGCUUUGUCAGAAAUGAUAAAAUCCUGUUGUUUUUCACUCUGUUUUUGUAUUAAUUAGCUGCCUUUGAGCCUCAGAAGUGGAUGGACUGAGGUUUGACGCAGAGCUUGGUCAAAUAAAUCCUGUCUCAGUACAAAGUUACUCUCAGAAAACCAGUCGCUCUGCUCUGUCUUCUUCAACUGUUUGACAGGCAAAAACGUGUGUGAAUGAAAUAUAAGAUAAUCCUCAGCUCAUUGACUGUGUUGUUGUCUAUACUUACAGCUGUCUAUGCUCACUAUAUGUACAAGGAUUGUUUUAUCUGCUAUUGUAUGCAAAAGAAGGAACUAAGAAUCAAGCUGUAUAUUAUUACACCCAAAGAAAUAUGGAUUUGAAUGUCUGUCCUUAUCAUGUCCUAUGAACAUAAACUAAAAACAGA